AUGGACUCCGAAGGAACAGAUGUAGUGCUACCGGAAGAGGAGGGCUCGCUGGCCAAAGUGCGCGUGUGCGUCCGCUUCAGGCCAGUGCUGCCCGGAGAGGAGGGGCCAACCGGACGAAUCAAGUGGGACGAGGGCAGCGCGCCGAGAAGCGUCCACAUCCAGGGAGGCCGCCAUGAAACGCAGAGGGCCUUCCAGUUUGACAGAGUUUUUCCACCUUCGACACCUCAGGAAGAGGUGUUCAAGGAUGCUGGGCUGGAUGAGCUGCUGGAUGCACUCAUGGACGGCUACCACAGCACCGUCUUUGCUUACGGUCAGACCGGCAGCGGCAAGACUUUCACAAUGGAGGGGUUUUCCUACCAGCCGGGCACAGUGGCCAAAGCGCCACAGGUGAGGGCAGAGUCUACCUCGCCCGAGAAUCUGGGAAUCGUCCCACGGGCCAUCAAAGGUCUGUUUGACCGGAUUGACCGAAGAGCAACCACUGGCGACAGUGUCUUCACUGUGCGCCUCUCGUUUCUACAGAUAUACAACGAGCGUAUCUUUGACCUCUUGAACCCGGUCCACCUGACGAAGUUUGGUCAAGGCGGAGGACUGCGGCUUCGCUGGAAUCCCCGCGAAGCUUCCGUCACCGUGGAGAACCUUUUUGUUUUUGAAUGCAGGACUGCUGCUGAAGCUGUGAACCACUACAAGGCAGGCGUGAAAAAUCGGACUGUCGCGAGUCAUCAGAUGAAUCAGGCGAGCAGUCGAUCCCACUCGGUGCUGAUGAUGACCCUGGAGCGGAGAACCGACCAUUCUGUCGAUCAGUCAUCCAAGUUGACACUGGUGGACUUGGCCGGUUCCGAACGGCAGGCAGACACAGGUGCCAGCGGCCGCACGCUACAGGAGAGUGCAAGCAUCAAUCAGUCGCUGUUCGUGCUGCGCAAAGUAAUCGCGGCUUUGGCCAAGCACCAGACCAGGCAGGCGCAUCUUGCGCUGAUCCCGUAUCGUGAAUCCAAGCUUACCAUUCUGCUACGGGAUGCCUUGGGUGGUUCUGGCUACACUCUCAUGGUGGCUUGCUUGUCCAUCCUGGAUUCUAGCGUUGAGGAAAAUUUGUCCACUUUGCAGUAUGCCUGCACAGCCGGCAAAAUACGAAAUCGUCCCGUGGUCAACUUGGAUCCCACCACUUUGCUCAUCAAGCAGCUCCAGCAAGAGGUUCAGAGGUUGAAGCGUCAGCUUGAAAUUUUCCAGAAGUACAUCAUCCACCUGACCGGAAAGCCGAUACCGCAACAAGUUCUUCAUGGCGGCGAGUUCCCGAAUGCUGAUACGCUUGAAGUUGCUUCGGAAGCCGCCCCCGACGAAUGGAGCGCUCCGUCCGUUGCCAAUUCUCAGCAUGUGCCACCAUCGGGCCACGUGGGUCAUCCUGUGGGUUUUCUGGGCAUGAAUUCGCAAGAGAAUCAGAGAAAAGUCGCGACACCGCGAGGCAAAGCUACGCCUCUCCUGUCGAGCCCGAGCCGGGAGCAAGUUCCUGGGCCCGCCGGGCCAGGACCGGAGCCUCCCCGGAGCUCCGAUCAAAGGAGCACCGAAGGUGCCGAAACUCUCGGCAUCAGCAAGGAAGAACUGGCUGAGCGGCUUUCCGAGGCCGUUGCCAGCCUGGGGCAGGCCACUACAGAAAACUUUACGCUGCGUCGCAAAUGUGAUGCUGCGCAGAAGGUCAACGACGCAUUGGAACUGCAGGUCAGCAGUUUGGAGAAGGAGCUAUUGCUUUACAGGCAGCACGCCUCCCGUGUCGGAAGCGAUGCCAGCGAUGCCUGGUUUGGGGAUAGCCUGGCACAGCUGACCCAGAUGGACGAUGAAGCGACAGCGCUGACGGCCAUGCGAGCAGCAGCGUUUUACGACCUCAUUCUGCUGCGCGAGGCCAGGUUAAUGUUUCGAUCUUGGUUUCACUGGUCCUCUGCGGUGAAGCAGAUCUGCAUUGCAGGAGCUCUCUGCUGGCAGAGGUUGUCUUGCCGCACGAUCUUCAGCGGGCAGCAAAAUAAUGUCAGCAGAUCUCAGACCACAGCGCGGAGAAUCAAGUUUGCACCUUCUGGAUUGCUGUGCAGAGCCGGUCACAUCGUUGAGAAGGUGAAGAAGCUGAAGCCCUGGCAAGGCCACAUUCACGUUCGUGAGUGCAGCUACUGCCGGAACGAGAUUGACCGGCAUGAAGUGCACUACAGCUGUCCGGAUAAGUGCCGCUUCUACGUGUGCCAGUACUGCUACAAGUCCGAAGUGGCCAAGCGCAAAUCGUCCGGGCAGGCCGCAAAGCAUGGCUGGGCGUCUGGCAGGCAAACAUCGGGAGACAGCAUCAACAGCAAAUCCUCCAACGUCUGCGACAUGAUCAGUGACAGCGGUGCAUCUUCUGCGGGCUCAUCCAUCUCAUCACCUCCGAUGCCCAGACCGGCACUUCCAAAGCUGACCGUGCCCGGAACGUCAGUAGCAUCAGCGGAUAUGCGCAGCGGUCACAGCAGAGGCUCCAGCACCGGACGUUCGCAGGCAGCGCGGCUCAGUUACAAGAUACAGAGUGCAAGUAAGCAGUUUCUGGAAUCCAGCUGGCAGCGCUCCGUCGAAGUUGUCUUUUGGGUCUUUGUGGUCUUCAUCAGUGACUUCAUUGGCGCAUUCUGCUUGCAGAACCUCACUACUGACGAGGAGCUGGCCUUCCCGUAUCCGUUCCUGACAGCCUGCUUGUCCAACUUUGUGGCCGGCAUUCUGGUCAUCACCAUCGUGUUUUUGCUGUCCAAGACGGGCACGCAGGAACUUGUAGGUGAGCUAGCAGCCGACGCUGAGGCCCGGCUGUUGGAAACAUAUUAUAUAUAUAUAUAUACCUUGCCCCUCGCACGCCGACUAAAUAAGCGGUUCUGCGAAAGCACCCGGGGUUUGGGAUGGCUUAUACUGUAG